AUGGUCAGUGAGCUUUUGGUGGAAUACUGGUACGUCACCCUCGCGGCGUUGGUGGCGGUGUACGCCGUGCUCCAGAAGUUGCAGAAGGCCCGGCUCGAAAAGAAGCUCGGCGCCGUCCCCGUCACUGGUACUCGGACGGACCACUUCUUCGGUUUCCGAGCCGCUCGCGCCAUGCUUAAGAAGAAGAAGGAGGGGACGAUGAUCCAGUUUGUCAAGGAACAGUUUCAGGAAUCGGGUCACAAGACCAUCGCCGUAAGGAUGGCGGGCAACCCGAUGAUCCUGACGAUUGACCCGGAAAACAUUAAAGCCGUUUUGGCCACUCAGUUUAACGACUUCUCGUUGGGUAUCCGCCACGCCCAGUUCUUGCCUGUGCUUGGCGACGGUAUCUUUACAUUGGACGGUAACGGGUGGAAACACCUGAGAACGAUGUUGCGCCCUCAGUUUGCUAGAGAACAGGUGGCCCACGUCAAACUGUUGGAGCCUCACGUGCAAGUGCUUGCCAAGCACAUCAGAAACGCCCGUGGCAACUCGUUGGAUUUACAGGAAUUGUUCUUCAGAUUGACCGUCGACUCCGCCACCGAGUUCUUGUUUGGUGAAUCCGUCGAAUCUCUCAGAGAUAGCUCUGUCGGCUACUCCCAGGAACUGGACAUCCCCGGCAAGUUUGAGUUUGCCGAGGCGUUCAACUCCGCCCAGGUGGUGUUGCUGACGCGUGCCGUCGUCCAGCAGUUGUACUUCCUCGUCAAGGGGCCCAAGUUCGCCCGGGACACCAAGAUCGUCCACGAGUACACCGACCACUUCGUCAACAAGGUGCUCUCGUUGUCGCCCGAACAGCUCGAACAGGAGCUGAAGGGCGGCUACACCUUUUUAUACGAGUUGGCCAAGCAAACGAGAGACCCUAAGGUGCUCCGCGACCAGUCGCUUAACAUCUUGCUUGCUGGUAGAGACACCACUGCCGGUUUGCUUUCGUUCUUGUUCUUUGAGCUUGCGCGUAACCCGGAGAUCUUUAACAAGUUGAGAGAGGAAAUCACCCAACUGUUUGGCCUUGGCGACGACGCCCAGGUCGAGGAAAUCACCUUCGAGCUGAUGAAGAAGUGCGAGUACUUGAAGGCGUGCAUCAACGAGACGUUGCGGAUGUACCCGCUGGUGCCGCAAAACUUCAGAGUGGCUACCCGCGACACCACGUUGCCCCACGGCGGUGGCAAGGACGAACUGCAACCGGUGUUGGUGCGUAAAGGUCAGCUGAUCGUGUACGCGGUGCUGGCGAUGCACCGGGACCCUGACCACUACGGAAAAGACGCCGACACCUACCGUCCCGAGCGGUGGUUUGAAGAAUCGACGCGCAAGCUUGGCUGGGCCUUCUUGCCGUUCAAUGGUGGUCCCCGUAUCUGCUUGGGCCAGCAAUUCGCGCUUACCGAAGCUCUGUACGUCACCGUUCGUCUUUUGCAGAUGUUCUCACAAUUGAAGUCGAACGACCCGGAGUACCCGCCGAAGACGGCCACCCACUUGACGAUGUCGCUCUUCAACGGGUGCCAAGUGGCGUUUGCCGAAUAA